CGCUGAGCGGCGGGCAUCAUUCGGAGACUGACUGUCACAGUGCGAUCAUAAUUUGAUAUAGUUAAAACUGUUUUAUAACGAUUACAAGAUGUAUAAGUUUGGUAUCCUCCUCAUCGCAUCCUACAUAUGCAGCACCACAGCUCUCCCGCCCUGCGUCUGCGCGCGCGACUACACGCCCGUCUGCGGCUCCGACGGCGAGACCUACCCCAACAGCUGCAUGCUCGACUGCAGCGCCCAGACCAAACAAUAUCUAAAGCUAGCCCACGGAGGCCCCUGCCAAGCAGAAACCUCCUGCAUCUGCACAUUUGAGUACAAACCUGUCUGCGGCAUCGACGGCACAACCUACCCUAACAAAUGCGCUCUCGGCUGCGAAAUAACUAGAAACCCAGUCUUGACUAAGCUACAUGACGGCCCUUGCGAAACUGAAGCCGUCUCCGAACAAGUUACUAAACUACCCACUUGCACUUGCACUAGAAACUUUGAGCCCGUCUGUGGAACCGAUGGCGUCACUUACAGCAAUAUGUGUCUGUUGAAAUGCGCGGCGCAGAACAAGCUUUUGGAUAAAAAAGCUGACGGUCCCUGCGAGGAUUUGACGGUUAGAGUAGUGAAAGAUUUACAAGAGCCACCUAAGAAAAGCUGUGCAUGCUUCAGGAAUUAUAUGCCUGUGUGCGGGUCUGAUGGAAAAACGUAUGCUAACCAUUGUGUGCUGGGAUGCUCGAGUAACCGUAAUCCCAAAUUGAGCAUGGCUCACAAUGGUCCUUGCUAAGGCUAUUAGCGUUAUACCCCCGCUACACUGCUCUUCGCUCUACUCCUCCAGCUGCCGCGAUGUUGCCCUCUCUGGCCAAGCAGUGCUCUACUCGCUCAUUUAAUCGCGACGCUGUUAGGUAUUGCCGGUCCUUUGACUCGUGCCAAAAUACCGACAAAAUAGGAAGCGGUGGGCAUGACGAGUACGUUUACUCGCACUACGUCUGUACCUACUCGUACGCCGUACUGUCCUCGCUACUUCCCGUGCCACUCGACGAGUGUGGCAGGGAUAUUAUGUGUAAACGUGUGUCAAAUCUAACAAACCGUUGAUAAUCGUUUGUCCCAAUUGUCCCUAUCGGUCAUUUACAAAUUUCCGUUUGUUAGAAAGAUACAAAAUUUAACAGAUGUCUGUAAGAAGUUGCUGAACUUUAUGAAUAAGGGGGUAUGCCAUUGGUAGUUCGCUAAGUUUGUGCUUCUUGAGUCCUUGUAGGUUGAUAUAAUUUACCAGUGGUUACUUUACUGGCCAAUCGUACCGAAGACAGUAUUGUAUUUGAUAUAUGGUUUGGUUAUUAGUCAGUAUGUUAAAUUUUUUAGUCUGUUUGACAGCCUGGCCCAGUAUUUUUUUAUGAGUACUCCUAUUCAUGUAAAAUAGCUAUUUAUGCAACAAGUGCGGAAAUCAUCUUUACGCACGUGUAUCAUACAAUGUUUUACUAUGCAUUGUGCGAGUAAAUAAAAAAAACAUAUAAUGGCAAAUAAGUUUAAUUAUUAAAAAAAUUAAAACAAAAAGCACUAGUGCAGAAAAGUGCUCUUUUUCGCACUAGUGCGAGAAAGUAGCACCAUAUGUACUGUAAAAAAAAAAAAACAAAAAGCACUAGUGCGGAAAAGUAGUACUUUCCGCCGCAUGAUAUGGCUCCGUAGGAAACGCACUUUUCGAGCACAUGCAUUGUAAACGUUUUGAUAAAGUGCCAAUAAUAUGUACAAAGAGAUGGAUUAUAGAGUCCUAAAAUGUCUUCCAAAGAACGAAUAUUUUUAAGGCCCAAUGAAUUAGUUAUGU